AUGACAGGCAAACCGCCUAGAAUCGCGCUAUGCCACGCAGCAGACCAGCGUGGCGAUCCGUCAAUUCCGUCAGCCCCGUCCCGUCUAUUCCGCUUCUCCCACCGAAUCUUCGCACCCCGAACCACCCCAGUUGGACCAGCUCAGCCAAUCACGGCUUCUGCUGCUCGUCGACGGCUCCCCCUUGCUCUGAAGAGCCACCAGAAGCAGAAGUCACCGGGCGUCCAUCCUAGAGCCGUCUAACGGCAGAAUCCACGUCAGCAUGGAUCCAGGGAGCCACCAGCAGCAGACUCUGCUUUGGACGUCCCCAUCCGAGCCCGGCCGUCUAUACCACCGUCUAGAGCCGUCUAGCGGCAGCAUCCACGUCAGCAUGGAUCCAGAAGAGCCACCAGAAGCAGGCUCUCCCAGUCUGAGCCCGUCGAGUCAGUCCCCGCGGCAGAAGCAGUCGCCACCAGUCCAAGCCCGGCCCGUCUGUCCCACCGCCUAGUAGAUUCCGUCUCUGCGGCAGUUUAUGGGGCAGUUUCCACGUCAGCAUGGAUCUACGAAGCAACGGUGACUCCGUCGGAGCGCGUCGGAAUCUUAUCCCGAAAAUCGGGACAGCGGGAUGAUGUUGUUUUCGCUGCAAUGCGCGACCAAGCAGACACCGGUGGUUUCGCUUUGCAGUGGCUCGCAGCGCGUGCAGCUCCGAGUCGCGCGCGAAUAAGUAGGCUAAGACGCAGCGCCGCGUCGCCGCGGUCGUCCCCUUCCCCUUUCCCCUUUCCCCUUUCCUCUUUCCCCUGCGAGAAGCACCCCUGUUGUAACUGACGAGAGCCAUAAAAGGCCGCUAUCUCUCAUUGGUUUCAUUCAGCACUGUUUACGAGCUCCGCCCCUCACCUCAAGGUUCUGAGCUCGGCCCCUAAGCUCAAGCUGACCACGAAUCUCUCCCACUUCCCGGAUUCCUGCUUCCUCUGAGAAGACAAGUCCCCUUGUCGACGUCACGGUUCUCUCGCGUCCAACUGCCCAUGGCUCGCUCCCUGAACCUCUCCGCGCUUAUGGCAGCCGCUGCAGCGCUGCUCGCCGCUCUCCCGGCCGCGAAUGGCGCUCAGGCCGGCGGUGGCGUGGACUACAGCAAGAGCGGGCUGGAAUGGGAGGGCGUGUGUUCGUCAGGAGAGAGGCAGUCGCCCAUCAACAUAGUGAUGGACGAGGCACGGGUGGUGAGCGAGCCGGAGAAGUUUGCUAUGGACUACGACGAGGCAGCCACCACCGCCACCGUCAUCAACAAGGGCUACACCGUCCAGGUGGUGCCCAACCCCGCCAGCACCUACCGCCUGCACAUCGCCAGCGGCACAUACGAGCUGAGGCAGGUGCACGUGCACGCCUUCUCCGAGCACGCCGUCAACGGGCUCUUCGCCCCCCUGGAGGCGCACCUUGUGCACAUGCAUGUGGACGACCCCUCCAAGCUGGCAGUCGUGGGCGUCAUGUUCCGGCUGCACCGCGACGACCACGCGAGCAAAUGGGUCGACACGUGGUUGCCCAAAACUCCCUCAGAAAUCAAUGCGGAGGCCAGCAUCGACAUUCCGAGAAACUUCUGGCGGCAGCUGGUGGACGCGUCCAUGGGGUUCUGGCGCUACCCCGGGUCGCUCACCACCCCGGGCUGUGAUGAGAUCGUCGAGUGGCACGUGCUGCGCAAGGCGCAGUUCCUCUCCGUGACGCAGGCUGCGACGUUGAUGAAUCUGAUGGCUGUGACGAACAAGGAGCGCACCAACAACCGCAUGCCUGAGCCACUCAAUGGCAGGGAGGUUACUUACUACCCUACUGUCACGGCGUGAUGUUCCAGUAUCUGACACCUACGCUGUUGCUGGUCUGCUCAAUGGCCGGGAGGUCAUUUACAUGACUUCACUAUAGUCACAGCCUGAUUGAUCACUCUUGCUAGCUUCAUUUGGAAAAGGGGUUUUUGAGAAUUGUAAAAAAAAUCAUGUACCGUAGAUAAUUUGGUUGAGGCUUCAGAAGCUUGAAUGCAUGAUGUACACAUGCAAC